CGAGGCCAACGCCAUCGCGAUAGUUCCGAAUACACAAUUGUGAAGAAAGUCGGCCAUGGAGGCCAUGAUGCUAUUCAUAAACGAUUUGCUUGCCCUUCUUGCUUGGAACACUUUGAAACGAUCAAUGAAUAUGAAGUUCAUAUACAUACCCACAUCUCUACAUUGCCUACCGAGAGUGAACAAACCGGGGACCCAUCGCCGUCAAAUCGAAAACGCCAACGCACAAACUCAGUCACCAUUGCCUGCAGGCACAAAAAUACUGUUAUCAGUUUUUCCAGCAGUUCAUAUUUGAACCCACAAAACACGCCCAAAUUUCCCAAGUAUGACGAAUGA